AUGUAUAAUAUUCUCAACGCAGUUUCCAUUCUAGAUCUUCUAAACUCGGAUGCUGGGAAGAGGCGUAAAGUUGAAAUUUUGGCUGUAUUUCCUGUUUACAAUCCCAGAAAAUACAACGCCAUUAACAAACUCAGAAAGGACGACCGACUUGUCAAUAUAUUGGACACCAUUUGUCCCUUAAUUAGUACAUUUCGGAUUGAAGUAUUACAGCAAGAUACACUUGACCGAUAUGGCUGCCAUGUUUAUGUUACUUCCAGAAGAUCAUCGGACAGGAUUGCACCACGUUUUAUCCCUACAUUGUCCCCGGACAAUACAAAUACCACACACAUGAAACCUCCAUCCAUAGUUCAUCCUUCAUCGUACAUGCGCAAUGCAAGGCCGUCAAGCAUACUAGUCAUGCGGAUUACCUAA